AUGACACUCAAAUACCUUAUUACAGGAGCGACUGGAGGCCUCGGUGCCGGGGUCCUAUCCUACCUUGUUGCGAAUCUCCCAUCAUCAGCAUAUGCCGCAGCGUCCUCGAAAGAGGAGAAUCGCAAACAAUUCGAAGACCGAGGGAUCGCAUUCCGAUUGGCAAGCUAUGACGACCCCCAGACAUUAGAGACCGCAUUCGAAGACGUGGAGAAUAUCUUCUUCGUUAGCACAAGCACCUUCGACAUCGAGAAGCGACGCAAGCAACACGAAAACUUUGUGGUUGCAGCGAAGAAGAUGAACGUGAAACACGCAAGUCAUCAAUCUCCCCUCACAACCACCCCAUCUAACAUGGAAACCGCAGUUAUGCAAGGCCAUCUGAUGACAGAGAAAAUGAUGAAAGAAGCCGAUAUCAACUUCACCUCCAUCCGUGAGGGUCUUUACACAGACGCCUUCCCGGUCUUCAUGGGCUGGUAUCCAAGCACAUCGACCGUCUACCUCCCCUCCGACGGACCGAUUGCCUUUACACUGCGGUCGGAACUAAGCGAGGCAAAUGCGCGACUGAUGAUUCGGGGUGGACACGAUCGAGAGACCGUACUGCUCACUGCGCAGCAGACUAUCACAUUCUCUGAGAUCGUGGAUCUGAUCAACGAGACGACUGGCCGAAACGUUCGGUUCGAGCUUGUCUCAUCGGAAGAGUUUGUGCGGUUGAAAUCGGCUACCGACGAGGGCGGAAAGGGAGAAGGGUUCUUCCAGGCGCUGCUAUCCUGGUACGAGAGUAUUUCAAAGGGGGAGACAUGCACGAUUGAUCCGCUCAUGGCGGACUUGCUGGACCGGCAACCCGUGCCGCCGCGUGAAGCUAUUCGGGCUUUGUUGACGGAGAAUCGGGACUAUGAAUGGCAUCAGAACUAUGUUAAUCGCAAUUAG